GGCUAAUCUUUACGACGUAACCCUCUUGGAAAAGAACAGAACAGCAGCCAUGUGACCUAGAAGCGGAGAGACAUGAAGGUUGGCCGUUUGUGGAUAUAUGACAACGAGAGAGAUGCUUUGGACCAGAGAGUCUGUUCUUCUCUUUCAGACAUUUGUAAUGUCUCUUCUAUGUCAUCAUUCCUGCUGCGCAUGUGACCAGAAUGAAUAUGAAAUCGAUGGCAUAUGUUGCCGUAAAUGUUCCCCUGGAAGUCGUGUAUCCAGACAUUGUACAAAGCAGAGUACUGGUCACUGUGCUCCGUGUUUGGAUUCUACAUUCAGUGAAACACCAAAUGCUCUUAAAAAAUGUCACCCCUGUACAGUCUGUGCUGAAGAUCGUGGUCUUAAGACAGUAAAGGAGUGUAUGCCAUCUUCAGACACAGUGUGUGGAGUCCUGAACGGACACUAUUGCAUUGAUCGCUAUGGUGAAGGAUGCAGAGAAGCCAAAGAACACACAACCUGCAAGCCUGGACAGUCCAUCAGGCGGCCUGGAACAGAAUAUAAUGAUGCUGUAUGUGAGGCCUGCAGUGAUCAUUCUUAUUCCAACGGAUCUUUUACAUCCUGCAAACCACAUACAGACUGUGCAUCCAGAGGACUUGUCACCGUCAAAUCUGGAAACCACUCAUCAGAUUCGCAAUGUGGAGAGAGGAGUCGGGCUCUUGUCAUUGUUGUGACAGUUGGCCUAAUAUUAACAAUAGGAGGAGUAGUAUUAUGUAUAUAUAUAAGAAAAAAUGGAAACCAGAAGGGUUCCCCGCCUCAGAAGGGUCAGGUGGAUCAACGUCAGUGAGCCUUGAGCAUUGUUCUGAGUUUUCAUGCCAGUCAGAGAUGCUGGAUGGUGUUGAAGUCAAAGAGACACUACUUGUGCCUGGCAGGCAAACUGCAUGAGAUCCAGAUGGUCAUUGAAGAGGUGUUUGAGCUGUUUCAGGACCUGCCUCUCAAAGGACUACAAGAUGUGUGAAGUGCAAACAACUGGUCUGGAGUCAUUAAAGGAGCUGGAGUGCUUGCUUGUUGGAACAGGGACCCCAGAACAUAUCUUACAGUGCUGGAGCAUCAUCUACAGACUCAAGGAGAAACGGGUACUGAAAGACCCUGCAUCACUGGCUGGUAUGUGGCCUUGCCUGUGUACAGUUUCCCCAGUUUUUCUUCACCUGGCCAGUGGAGUCAGACGGACCGACUGAGAGGUGGAGUGGGGAUGUUUGACGUCCCUAAAAAAGACACCAAAUGGCUGCUCUGCUGGUGCUACUGGGUGUGAGAUACUUGCUGUCUUUGAGCUUCCACAGCAAAUCUCCCCAACUCAGAGGCUUUAAAAUCAAUGUACUGUAAGCUGUCUCUCAAGUGAAGCACAGCACUACAUGUGUGUGCAUUGUGAACACCGUUGCACUGGUGACAUACUGUAAACCCACUAUGAAAUGAAUGGAAGUACUAGACUUUUUUUGUACCUGGAAGUGGAAUAGAUUUUCAUAUUUAUUUUUUGGUGUACAUACUUCAUUAAUAUAGUUUUAUUUUUUGAGCAAUUAUGUUGAGCUGUUAUCCAUCCAUCCAUCCAUCCAUUUUCCAAACCGCUUAUCCUAUUGGGUCGCGGGGGGUCCGAAGCCUAUCCCGGAAGCAAUGGGCACGAGGCAGGAAACAACCCAGGAUGGGGGGCCAGCCCAUCGCAGGGCACACUCACACACCAGUCACUCACACAGGCACACCUAUGGGCAAUUCAGCGACGCCAAUUAGCCUCAGCAUGUUUUUUGGACUGUGGGGGGAAACUGGAGUACCCGGAGGAAACCCCACGACAACAUGGGGAGAACAUGCAAACUCCACACACAUGUGACCCAGGCGGAGACUCGAACCCGGGUCCCAGAGGUGUGAGGCAGCAGUGCUAACCACUGCACCACCAUGCCGCCCCCUUGAGCUGUUAUAUUGGUGCAAUUUUAUGAGAUGUUUUUUCCUUUGAAGGGUAUUAACAUGCAGUAAAACAUUCUGUAUACAUAUAUAAUACGUUUACAUAAUAUAUUGUAAGGAAUCGUUUCAGCAAAACAGUGGUUUAUUCAGUAGUAAAAAUAAUGUAAUUACGGUGCUGUAUAGUUUUAUUAAUGUAUAAUUAGCAUUACAUGUUGGUGCACAUGUGCCUCUUGCCUGUGCUGUUAUGCUUGUGCCUCCCUCAGUGGUGACAGUCCUCAGGUUCGGGGUAUUUAUAAUCCCCUCCAAUCAUCAAUCAGUCCAUCUGUCAAUUCUGCCCCCUAGGGAGACCCACAAGAACUGCAACACCAAGAACUAUUUACAGCAACUACUAUAACUUCUUUCUGAGAUGCUACAGAAUUAAAUUUUACCUCAAAGGCAUUUGUAUCAGUCAAAAUUAAAAACUGUCAUUUUUUCUUUAUGAAAAAACUCAAGGGGAAGCUUGACUGCAAUUGCACAUUCUGCCAUUUGUGAUCAAAAAGAGUAUAUUGUAGCACCAGUGGGGCGCAUUGUUGUAAUUGUUAAUGGUUGCAUUUCCUUAUUGUUGCACGUGUGCUUGCCCGUGUCUUGUGUGUACCCGGUCCGAUCCUCCUGUGUAAUUAGUUUAUGUAAAUCUCCCACCAUGUGUGCAUCUUGCAGUUCAGCGUCUGACAACCUUGCGUUUCCGCUCUGUGUGAUUGGCUCGGUGCUCGUUGGGUGCCUGAUGUAGCCCUUUUCAGGAC